ACGAACAAGCUUUUAUUCACUACAUUCUACCAAGAGGAAUUAUGGUGCCAUUCUACAGAUUGGCAAAAGGGCACAGGAUUAAAUAAUUUGUAUAUAUAGCUAGGACACAUUGUUGUUUUAUGUUUACUGUUCCUUUCAAGCUCUCUGUGGGCAAACCCUUAGACCACAGGGCCAGCGUCUCGAGGUACUCGCGGACAGCCCAGGACAGAAAGGGUUAGAGGGUGCGCGCGCGUUAUCCGAGGGGAUCCGCGGGCGCGCGCCCCGCUCACAGGGACGCAGGCUUGGCGGCGGGUUCUUCCUCGCCUCCCCAUUGGCGCACACGCCCCUUCCUGUCACGGCCGCCCAGGCCCCGCCCCCUGGGCGCUGCCGGAGUGGACGGUUCCAGGCCAUGCUAAUGAGGGGCUGGUCGCCGCCGCCCAUUGGCCGGCCCCAGUGUCGGUGAAGUCAGCUCGGAGUAGCAGAAAAACAGAGCGGGGCUGACUGCAGCGUGGAGCGCGAGCCGGGCUGGACGCGCGCAAGUCCUUGCCGGGGACCCGCGAGGAGUUGGCAUCCAUUGGAAGGCUCUGAGAUCCUCUCUGCCCAGAACUCCAGGACCAAUGCAUCUUCCCACCACCUUAAAACACUGAGCCCUCCAGAACUGCAGCUGGAGAAGACUUGCCUGCCACCAGCAUGAGUUCUGAAUGUGAUGUUGGAAGCUCUAAAGCUGUGGUGAAUGGCUUGGCACCUGGCAGCCAUGGGCCAGACAAAGCUGACCCUUUACGUGCUCGCUCUAUAUCUGCUGUUAAAAUAAUUCCCGUGAAGACAGUGAAAAGCCCUUCAGGCCUAGUACUCCCUCCAGACAUGGACCCUACAAAAAUUUGCACUGGGAAAGGAACAGUGACCCUUCGGGCCUCAUCUUCCUACAGGGAAACCCCAAGCAGCAGCCCUGUGAGCCCCCAGGAAUCUCCAAAGCACGAAAGCAAGUCAGGCCUGGAGCCAGAGGACCCGUCAGCAGAUGAAUGGAAACUUUCUUCCAGUGCCGAUGCCAACGGCAACGCCCAGCCCUCCCCACUUGCUGCCAAGGGCUAUAGGAGUGUGCAUCCCAGCCUUUCUGCUGACAAGCCCCAGGAUGCCACCUCCUCCAGCCCAGCCCCGUCUGAGGUAAUAGUUGUCCCUCUCUACCUGGUUAAUACUGACAGAGGGCAAGGGCAAGAAGGCACUGCCAGAACUCCAGCAUCUCUGGGGCCACUUGGCUGCGUCCACACUGUCCCAGCGACCACCCCUGCUGCCUCACCUCUGACCUUCCCGACACUAGAUGAUUUCAUUCCCCCUCAUCUGCAGAGGCGGCCCCACCACAGCCAGCCAGCCAGUGCUUGUGGCUCCCUCUCCCCUGCUAGCCAGACGCCACCACCCUCACCACCACCUCCGCUGGUCCCUCCCGUACCGGAGGACCUCCACAGAGGCUUGGAGCCUGACCUCCCAGGAGCUGUCUCAAGUACCGAUGGUGGUCCUUUAGUAAAUGAAGUCUCUUCCUCCCACAUUGAAAGCGAUUCCCAAGCCUUCCCUCCAACAAGCAGACCUUCAUCUGCCUACCCCUCCACCACCAUCGUCAACCCCACCAUUGUGCUCCUGCAGCACAAUCGAGAACAGCAAAAACGACUCAGUAGUCUUUCAGAUCCUGCCUCAGAGAGAAGAGCGGGUGAGCAAGACCCAGUGCCCACCCCGGCAGAGCUCACCUCGCCCAGCAGGGCUGCUGAGAGGAGAGCAAAGGAUGACAGCAGACGGGUGGUGAGGAGUGCACAGGACCUCAGCAAUGUGUCUAUGGAUGAAGUGGGCAUCCCACUCCGGAAUACCGAGAGAUCGAAAGACUGGUACAAAACUAUGUUUAAACAGAUCCACAAGCUGAACAGAGACACUCCUGAGGAAAACCCUUAUUUCCCUACGUACAAAUUCCCCGAGCCUCCAGAAAUCCUGCAAAACUCUGAAGAGGACAACCCUUACACUCCUACCUACCAGUUUCCUGCAUCUACUCCUAGUCCUAAGUCAGAAGAUGAUGAUUCUGACCUGCACUCUCCUCGAUAUUCCUUCUCUGAAGACACAAAGUCUCCCCUUUCUGUGCCUCGCUCAAAAAGUGAGAUGAACUACAUUGACGGGGAGAAAGUGGUUAAGAGGUCUGCUACACUCCCCCUCCCAGCCCGCUCCUCCUCACUCAAGUCCAGCCCAGAGAGAAACGACUGGGAGCCUCCAGAUAAGAAAGUGGAUACGAGAAAAUACCGAGCAGAGCCCAAAAGCAUUUAUGAAUAUCAGCCGGGCAAGUCUUCAGUCCUGACCAAUGAGAAGAUGAGUCGGGAUAUAAGCCCAGAAGAGAUAGAUUUAAAGAAUGAACCUUGGUAUAAAUUCUUUUCGGAAUUGGAGUUUGGGAAACCGCCUCCCAAAAAGAUAUGGGACUAUACUCCUGGAGACUGCUCUAUCCUUCCUAGAGAGGAUAGAAAGACUAAUCUAGAAAAAGAUCUCAGCUUCUGCCAAGCAGAGUUAGAGGCAGAUUUAGAGAAAGUGGAGACGGUUAAUAAAUCACCCAGUGCAAACUCGCCACAGAGCUCAGCAGUCAGCCCGACUCCAGACAUUACAUCAGAGCCUCCUGGAUAUAUAUAUUCUUCCAACUUCCAUGCAGUGAAGAGAGAAUCAGAUGGGACCCCCGGGGGUCUCGCUAGCUUGGAGAAUGAGAGGCAGAUUUAUAAAAGUGUCUUAGAAGGUGGCGACAUCCCUCUUCAGGGCCUGAGUGGGCUCAAGCGACCCUCCAGCUCAGCUUCCACUAAAGAUUCAGAGUCACCGAGACAUUUUAUACCAGCUGAUUACUUGGAGUCCACAGAAGAAUUUAUCCGGAGACGGCACGAUGAUAAAGAGAAACUUUUAGCGGACCAGAGACGACUUAAGCGCGAGCAAGAAGAAGCCGAUAUUGCAGCUCGCCGCCACACAGGUGUCAUCCCGACUCAUCAUCAGUUUAUCACUAAUGAGCGCUUUGGGGACCUACUCAAUAUAGAUGAUACCGCAAAAAGGAAAUCUGGGUUAGAGAUGAGACCUGCCCGAGCCAAAUUUGACUUUAAAGCUCAGACACUGAAGGAGUUGCCUCUGCAGAAGGGAGACAUUGUUUACAUCUACAAACAGAUUGAUCAGAACUGGUAUGAAGGUGAACACCAUGGCCGGGUUGGAAUCUUCCCACGCACCUAUAUUGAGCUUCUUCCUCCAGCUGAGAAGGCUCAGCCCAGAAAGUUGGCGCCCGUACAGGUUUUGGAAUAUGGAGAAGCCAUUGCGAAGUUUAACUUUAAUGGUGAUACACAAGUAGAAAUGUCUUUCCGAAAGGGGGAGAGGAUCACGCUGCUCCGACAGGUGGAUGAGAACUGGUACGAAGGGAGGAUUCCUGGGACAUCCCGUCAAGGCAUUUUCCCUAUCACCUAUGUAGAUGUGCUUAAGAGACCAUUGGUGAAAACCCCUGUGGAUUACAUCGACCUGCCUUAUUCUUCUUCCCCAAGUCGCAGUGCCACUGUGAGCCCGCAGUGUACUAGUCACAGCAAGCUCAUCAUGCCAGCCCCUUCAUCUCUACCCCACCCCCGCCGAGCCCUGUCCCCUGAGAUGCACGCCAUCACCUCUGAGUGGAUCUCUCUGACUGUCGGGGUCCCAGGCAGGCGUUCUCUGGCCAUGACACCACCCUUGCCUCCUCUGCCUGAGGCUUCUAUCUAUGACAUGGACCGCUUGGCCUUGUCAGCGAGGGCCCGUCCCUCUUUGCCACUCAGCCUCCCCUAUUCAAGUUGGUCAGAUCACACCACUCUGCGCUCAGUGGUCUCUCCGAUGGCCCUGCCUCCACCCCACAAAGCCUACUCACUGGCACCCAGUGCCCAGGCUCCUCUUCACGUCAAUGGAGAUGGUGGCAUUCCCAUUCGCCAAGAUGGCUUCUCCCAGCUACCACUUGGGAACUCUGAUAGGGUCAUCUCAGAGCUUAGUGACGCCUUUAGCAGCCAGAGCAAGAGACAGCCCUGGCGAGAAGAUGGACCCUAUGACAGGGAAGCAGAGAGCGAGGCAGGUGAGAGACGCCCUGGUGGACCCAAGAUCUCUAAGAAGAGCUGCUUGAAGCCUUCAGACGUGGUCAGGUGCCUGAGUUCUGAGCAGAGACUCUCAGAGUUCCACACUCCUGAGGACAGCCAGUCCUUCAAGCCUCUGGGUGGCCCUUUCCCAGCAUGGGAGGCUGGGCCACCAGAGCUUCACAGAGGUGUCGAGGCUGACAGGAAGGCUGCUCAGAGUGGUGUGAGCCAGCAACCUCAAGCCCAGCAUCGAAGAGUCACCCCAGACAGGAGUCAGCCCUCACAGGAUUUAUGUAGCUACCAAGCAUUAUAUAGUUAUGUGCCACAGAACGAUGAUGAGUUGGAACUCCGAGAUGGAGAUAUUGUUGAUGUCAUGGAAAAAUGUGAUGAUGGAUGGUUUGUUGGCACUUCGAGAAGGACGAGGCAGUUUGGUACCUUUCCAGGCAACUAUGUAAAACCUUUAUAUCUAUAAGAAGACUGAGAAGCACAGAGAUUAUUUUUUAUCCAAGGAUGAAGCAUCAUUCAUGAACUGGUCUCUUUAUUUAAAUAUUGAGUCAGUAGGAAAACUAACGCAGUUGUUAAAGAGGGAAUUCAAAGAAGGAACAGAGACGUGUGUUUAAAACCCACUGUGCGUCAGGGAUUAACCAUAUGCUGAAGACGUCUGUAUUUACAGGGCUGCUUCUGGGAGCUGCUCUAGCCCCCGCUGCUUGGGGACUCUGAUCUGGAGUAGUGUCCUUGAGUGACAUUAGCCAAAACAUGUGCCCAGUUUUACCCACUCCCAUUUCAAAGGUGUCCCUUGGGGCUAGAUGAGUCAGUCCCCAUCCAUGUUCCACAGGCCCCAAGCCUGAGCAUCGUCAACUCCUGCCUCUAGUCCAGGCUAUCCCAGAGCCAGCAGGCCUCAAGUGCUGCUAGAGGCUAGUCUGGGUUGUUGACAUUUUUCUUCAGCACCAUGACUGAUGCAGUCCGAGUGAAGAUGGUGGCAGACCAGGUGCCCUAGCAGUCAGCCGUCUGGGUGAUACGGCCCUUUACCGCCCUGAUAUUCAGACAGAAAUCCAUGCCAUGUUUGUCCUGAGCUUGGGAGCAGGUGGUCAGGCAGAUGGGUUACAUUUGUGUUUCCACAUGAUUAAGCCAGCCACCCUGGGGCUCUGGAAGUCACUUGGAGUGUGUUCCUUCCCUGGUCACUACUACUGGCUAGCCAGGGUUGGCCGUGCCUUUCUUUUCUGGCUUAGUAUGGGUUGAUACACUUGGGCCCAUGGAAUACAGCCUGGUCUCCAGUAGCUCCCUUAGCAUGUAUAGAUGCAAACUGGCCGCAGGGGCACCAUGGGUAAGACACUCCCAGACCUAGGAGGGACUCGGUGCCUCCUGUGUUGUUUGUGGAGUCUGAAUGCCACCCAGAAUGUUGUCUCCUCUAGUCCGUGUUCCCCUCCUCCUCUCCACCCCAGGCCAGGGAGUCCUGGUGCACAUGGUGAGGCCUCCAUUCAGAGCUUAAGUAUUACACACUGGCCUGGGUACGAGGCAGCAAUUCUCCUCCUGGUGGCAGCUGUGAGUCUGUCCUCUGUGAGCCCUGGUUGUGAGGAGGGGACCCUUUGACACCUGGGUAGUUAGUCACCACUCUGGUUCUCUGUUAGAUUCCUAGUCGACACAGAGAUAAGUGUGGCCUGUUCCCAGAACUGAACCUGCCAAGGGCCUCAGCUGAGUGGACAACACAGGAGAAGCAGCCCAAUCUAGAGAGACUAUGAUAUGUGCAGAGGGUGUGAGAGGAAGGGAUGCGUUUCUCCUGAGGGGGAUCCUAGAAAGCAGUCAGGUUUUCCUCUCCCUCAGCUCACUUCUGAAGAACUGGGAUGCAGGGAGAACCUUUGUCUGAGGGUAGUUUAUGUCUGAAAAUACCGGGAUUUUUUUUUUUUUUCCAGAGUCUGGUAUUCUACCUACAAAUACAUGCACCAGGGUCACAAAUACCAGGAAUUGUAGGUGAGAGGGUAUACACUGGAACCCUGGCUCUCUGCAUGUAGUUCAGAACCACCCUAACCACUAUACUAUCCCAAAGUCUGGAGUCUUCACAAGCUGGCAACAUUUGUCUUCAGUGACUGCCUGCUGUCUUAGAUAGCAUGGGACCCUAACUCCCCGCUGCCCCCCCCCCCCCCCCGCCCAUCCCCAACCACCACGCACGAGCCACAAUUCUCUGAGGAGGCUCUCAGGAAAGAAACUGCCAUGGAUUGAUUCACACUGAAAUAUAAAUGGCGGGUGGGGAAAUAAAUGUACUGUCUCUUCCCGGAGACAUCCAUUUUAACGGAGACAGAGCAGAGCCUUGAAUCCCAAGGGGAAAUGGAAUGGAACUGAAGGGGUAGAAGCUUCCUGGGCAGAAAGACCUGGCGAGUCUAGGACCUGCUGCUUUGCCAUCUCAGCUUCCCCAGCCAGCUGCACUGCUUUCUUUUUUGACUUUGCCCCUCUCGAAGGGAACAUAGGGAAAUAAAUUAAAAUGCCUGUGUGCAUUUUUACUCAUUUGGAAUGCAGUCCUUGCUCUCUCCUAGAUGCCAACCAUGACUAGUGCGAUUGUAUCUAAAUUUCCUGAGGGGUGUUUGUUUGAUUAAGUAGGUAAUGUCGAACACCUCUUUAAAUACAGCUAGAAAAUAAAACCAUUUUAUAAAAGCCACCUUUGCAUCCCCUGCGAGCCUCACACUGAGUCUCUCUCCAAACCCAGGUGUGCCCAUCUUUAAUAAAAUCUCUCCCGCUUCCGACGUAUGAAAAAUAAAAAACAAAAAGAGCGAAGGUUUCCAGUUACUCUUUUGUCGUCAGACAUUUAGUAAUAUAAAGUACCUAUUUUUAUGCUGAAAUGUUUAUACAGGUUUAUUACCAGCAAGCGCAACUAACUGGCGGCAUGCCGUGCAACUCGUUUUGAUAUAUUAGUCAUGCUUCCAGGUAAAGGCAAGCUCCAGACUACUCACCUUUUGCAGUCUCUGGGAUCAGGAAAAGAAAAAAAAAAUCACAUGUUUGAGAAGUGGGACUGUAAAUAUGUAAUGUAUAUUUAACUUUGUGUAGCCCAUGUACCUACCUUGUAUAGAAAAAUAAUUUUUAAAACUUGAGCAGAAAGGGAAUAAAUUGAGGAAAUCAUGAAGGGCCCCCCCCACACACACACACUUUUAUUUAAAUGAAGGAAUUUUGAAUAAUUCACCUGCAGACUUUUAGCAUAAAAAAUAGUUCUUGGAAAUUGUUAACAUACUCAGUUGUUCUCUGGGGAAGAGAAGACAACUAUAAUAUCAUUUACAGUUUUUUCUUUUUUGCAGUUUUAUUUAUCUGCAGUAGUAUUAAGUCAUAUUGCUGGAAUAGGUUACUACCAAAAAAAAAGAUAUUAAGAAAAAAUAAAACCGAUCUACGUAACCUAUUAAAGUAUUGCAUUUAAAUCGCACACCAAGUGCAUGUACUAUGCAGACACAGGUCUUUCUGUUCAUUUAUUUUUUUUCCUUAUUGCAGUGGAUUGAUUUGAUAAGACAUGUUGAGUUACUACUUUGCUGUACAUAUUAUUUAAUAAACUUUAUUCGGAAUUGCGUGGCA